AUGGCGGGGGGAUUCAUAUGGGCGGCGACGCUGUAUGAUAUCUACGUGACGGUGCUUCAGGCGGCCAUCACGGUGGGCGUGGCUCUGUCGCUGCUGACGGCCGUGGACCGCCUCCUCCAUGUGGCGCACUACCUGCAGCUCAAGCUGGUGGCCUGGCUCACGGGCAAGGGACCUGAAGCGGCGUAUCGCUGCCAGGCCAUGCCGGAUAUGGCCCAGGCCGGCCACAUGUACCCAAAGGUGGCCAUCCAGCUGCCCAUGUUCAACGAGCGCAUGGUUUGCCAGACCAUCGUGGACUGCGCCUGCUCGUUGCAGUGGCCGCGGGACAAGCUUAUAGUCCAGGUGCUGGACGACUCCACCGACAAACUGACGCGCGACCGGGUGGACGACAGCGUGUUGGAGUGGCGUGAGCGCGGCGUGAACGUCAUGACGAUCCGGAGGACCAACCGCCAGGGGUACAAGGCGGGCGCGCUCAAAGAGGGGCUUGAGCUAUUGAGGGAGUACGAGUAUGUGGCCAUUUUUGAUGCAGAUUUCAGACCCGAAUCAGAUUUUCUGCUCAAGAUGAUUCCUUAUAUUCACAGCAACGAUGACGUGGGUUACGUUCAAGCGCGCUGGACUUUCACCAACGCGGACGAGUCCCUUCUUACCAAGGCUCAAGAGCUAUCCCUCAACUAUCACGUGAAGUGCGAGCAGUGGGUGCACUUCGCCAGCGGGUCUUUUUUCAAUUUCAACGGAACUGCAGGGAUUUGGAGGAGAAAAACGAUCGAGGAUGUUGGAGGUUGGAACGCAAGGACCACCGUGGAGGACAUGGACCUGUCCCUCCGCGCCUACAUUGCAGGAUGGAGAGCCAUAUUUUUGGACAACAUCACCUGUCUAAAUGAGCUUCCUGCCUCCUACUUCGCCUACCGCAAGCAGCAGCACAGGUGGAGCUGCGGCCCCGUGCAGCUCUGGAGGCGCUCAAGCGCCGCCAUCUGGGCCUCUAAACUCCCCUUCCUACGCAAGGUGGAGCUCAACUUCCUGACCUUCUUCCUGCGAAAGGUCGCCUGCCACAUGGUGGCCCUUCUCUUCUUCUGCACGCUCGUCCCUCUGUCCAUAUUCACGCCAGAGGUCUCCAUCCCGCUGUGGGCUUUGGUCCAUCUACCCGUGAGCGUCACCGUUACGACAGCAAUCUUCUCCCCAAAGGAGUGGUACUACGUUGUCGUUAUGGUGCUGUUCGAGAACGCCAUGAGCAUAGUGAAGCUUUGGGCUGUUGUGAACGGUGCCUUCGAUCUGCAGCGCGCCAACGAGUGGGUGGUGACCUCAAAGAAGGGAAGCGGCGGCAGCGACAAGCUGAAGCGCCUGAAGGCGAUCUACUCGACGUGCCGUGCGUACACAUCCGAGAUGCUCAUGGGCAUCUUCACACUGAGCGCCGGCGUCUUUGCCAUCUUCUACGUGCACCGCAUAACUUUCUCCAUCUUCCUGUUGCUUCAAGGCUUCGUAUUCAUCGCCUUUGGCCUCAACUUGGUCGACGGCGGCAACAUCCUGGGGAGGCCCCUGAGGUGUUGGGGCGCCUGCUGCGGAUGGAGGCACAAGGGCGAGAAGACGAAGGGGAAGGAAGUUGCGGACGGGGUAGCUUUGAACGAAGUCGAUCAGUAG